ACAUAGCAUUAUAAAGACUGUAGGUUUAAGUAGUUGGCUUUUUUUACAGCUAGAAUUAAGCUAUGCUAAUUACAAUGUUUUUUUUCUCUACCUCGAGACUGAAGAAUGCUUGUCUUGACUUGAAAAUGGUACGCACUAAAGAAUUUUUAUUUGAACAUUUUUCUGUUCUUUAGAUGUAGAUGAAGUGUGUUUUUGUUUGAGUUACUGGAGAAAAUAGGUCCACCUGAAAGAUUCAAACACUGGAUAAAGCUAAUAUAUAGUAAUGUGUACAGUAAAUGUCUGCUAAAUGGACAUCUAACAAAAAAAAUACCGAUCAGGUCAGGUGUGAGACAAGGGUGCCCGCUGUCAGCCAUUUUGUAUGUAAUAUACAUUGAGCCAUUAGCACAAAUGAUAAGAAAAGAUAAAUGGAUUACAGGACAAAGGAUACCAGCCAGUGGAGGUCAAGACCUAAAAUGUGUUUUAUAUAUGGAUGAUAUUAAUAUCGUGUGUACUGACAUGUCAUCUAUAAACAGAGCUUUUAUACUAACUGAGCAGUAUGAGAAAGCAUCUGGGGCCAAACUAAAUGAGAACAAAACACAACUACAGCUGUAUGGACCAUGGACAGCAAGUGAAAGAACACAGGCAAAAGUAAACUCAAAUGAACAAAAGAUACUAGGGAUUAAAUUUGAUAAAGAAGGUAAAGGUGAGGUAAAUUGGACAGAAAUAUCAGCAAAAGUGAGACAGAGAACAGGCCUGUGGAAACAAAGAGACCUAACCCUGAACGGAAAAGUGCUGAUAAUAAAAGCUGUGAUAAUCCCUUUGUUUUUACUGGCAGCAAGUGUGUUUUUACCAUCUAGGAAAACGAUAAGAAGUCUUGAGAGGACAAUCUUCCAGUUUUUAUGGGGAUCCAAGUGGGAGAGACUGAAGAGAGAAGAAAUGAAGAAACCCAAAGGAAAAGGAGGCAUGGGGGUUCCAGACCUAUAUUUGUGUCUGGGAGCACAUUACACCUGCACCCACAUGCGACAAGCUCGAAGUGACCCGAUUCCUGUUGCGGGACUUGCAGGUGGGGAGGCGGUGUGGAAAGGCAUCAGCCGCCCUGGUCUCCCAAACAGACUGAUGGACCUGUCAUGGCAAGUGGCACAUGGGAUCCUCCCCGUCAGGGAUGUUAUGCACUCCAGAGGAAUGGCAGCCAAAGCGGCAUGCCCCCGAUCCGGCUGUGGCGCACCGGAGACGGUACGGCACCUCCUCUGGGAGUGCAGUGCUGCUAUCGACCUGUGGACAACAGCCGGCUCCCAGGACUUCCCGUACUUGCCAGCAAGGGAGGUCCUGACAGCACACCUAGUGCUCUAUGGGGUGAGCCAGAGCAUGGCAAAACCAGAAAAACUCAUUGACGAGGAAAGGCUCACCCUAGCCGCCAUCAAAGACGCCAUUUGGACCUCCAGAAACUUGCUGGUGAGAAAACACAUGCAGAUCCCCCCCGUGGCUGUGAUCCGGAUGGCUGCAGCCCUGAGGUCAUUGUCAGGGUUGCGGGCGGCGAGCCAAGGACACAGCCACAAAGAAGAAUCGCCUCUGUGACAUUCGGAUGGUGGAGCCGGAGUCCACGAGAAAAGGUUGAAGCAGCAACACCCUGACACUCCAGCGCAUAGAUGGAGGAUCCCAAACCACACCCCAGUGGUGGGGUCAGAGGAAAAAGGGUCUUUGGUUUGUGGAGGAGGAUCUGGGUACAUUUUGAGGCUGGCAUGACUGCCAUCCGCCCCUCAGUCUGGGGACCCCCAGGUUGAGGGUCAUGGAGAACUGCAACUUAAAAGGAUCACAGCCUUCAGACAAAUGACAGAGAUCAUCUAGUUGAAUAGUUCCUUUUAUUGUAAAAGUUUAAAGGCAUUGUAAACUAAUAAUUGUCAAUAAAAAUUUUGAAAAAAACAACAACAAAAAAUCUGUUCUUAUCAGUUUAAUAUCUGAUACGUCCCCUAUCCGGGGACCAUAUAUUAAAUUGAUUUUUGGAACAGGGAGAUGGAAUAGGGGCUUGCUCCGUCCACUCCACGCAUCGACCUGGUAUUGCAGUAUCUCCAGGAACGGUGCACC